GUUUUGACCUUGAUUUUAACAAUUCAACAAUUUGGAAGAAAACAGUGACUCAUUUCUUUAAAAGCAUUCAAUUCUUGAUUUAUAAAACUUACGUUAAUGUGGCAUAAUGGAGUCUACAGGUUUUGAAGAAGAAAGUUCCUGGAACGUCUUAAGUUUAAGUUCAGUAACCUAUGUCCUAGAAAAUUAUGGCUGGUAUAUCCUGAUUUCACUAAUCGUUUUUAUGUUUAUCUACAACAAAACACUGAAGUCAUAUUUAUAUAAAUACAAGGAGUACAAAUUCGAGAGAGAUUAUUCAGCAAAGUACCACAAGAAUCCAGAUGUAUUUGCGGCUCAUGUUAACGCUCAGCAACAAUGGGCUGAGAAGAUGCAAGCAAAAUAUGAUAGAGAAGCUGAGGAACAUCAAAGAAAGAUGAAAGAAAGAGAGGAGAGGAAGAGGCAAGAAUUAGUAGAAAAAUAUGGUUCUUCACAAGGGGGGCAUGUACUGGGAGGUUCAGGAGGUACCAAGAAAGAUGAUAAGCCAACUACUUUCAAACAAGACUAUAACCCAUUGAUGGGUCCUGGAGGUUCUUCAUCAUAUCGCGCUCCUAAAAGGAGUGCUUGUGGAGGCGGUGGAUGUGGAGGUGGCGGAUGUGGGCGAUAAACUUAUUUAAAUUUAUAACGAUUAUUCAUGAAUAAUAAAUUUACCAUUGAUAUAAUA